AUGGAUACUUCCGGCACUGAGAACCCUGCGAGCCCUCUGACGUCGCUCAAGAACCCUCUGCGGUCUAGUGAAGGCUCGCUGCUGUCUACGCAGAAGAGCUCGCAGCUCCAGGCCGUAUUGCAUCCGCUAGUGCUUCUCACAAUUUCCGACUACAUCACACGACACACCCUUCGAGAGCAAAAGGGCCCCAUUAUCGGAGCUCUACUAGGCCAGCAAAAUGGCCGAGAAAUUACCAUCGAACACGCUUUUGAAUGCCACAUCGUGGAAGCACCGCUGAUGGCGGGAGGCUACUUGAUUGAUCCUGUACGAUUCAGUUCAAGAUUAGAGCAGAUGUGCCUUGUCCAUAAAGAUAGAAAGCUAGACUUUGUCGGCUGGUACACAUUGCUGCCGCCCUCAGGUCCCUCAUCCACCAUCUUGCCCAUCCAUAGCCAGAUCCUUGAGGGCUGGAACGAAUCUGCCAUUUUGCUGGGCUUCCAUCCCCAAGAGGUUAUGGAGCAUUCAGUCGGCGGUAAACUGCCGCUGACGAUCUACGAGAGCAACUACGAAGUCGACGAUACCAAGGCUGAGAACGAUGGAGAGGACAAAAAAAUGGAGGACGGAGAUUCUAUGCUCAAGCUGAAGUUCCGAGAGGUGCCAUAUUCCGUCGAGACCGAUGAGACAGAGAUGAUUAGCAUGAACUAUGUUGCCAGUGGAGGCGCAAAUGCCGCUGUUAGUGCCCCUGCACCAACUGCCAAGGACGAACGACCUGCUCGCUCGAUAGAAUCAAACGGCAAGGGAAAGCGAAGGUUGGUAGAGAGCGAGGUUGACGAUAAGAAAGACGAGCUUCUGGAUGACGCAGCAGUUCUCACGCGAGAGGAGGAUGAGAUGCUUGCCUCGUUGACGGCCAAGGCAAACGCCAUCAAGAUGCUUCACUCUAGAAUUCGGCUCAUCACUACGUAUCUGGAGCGUCUGCCACCUUCCUUCACCAGCGGAGUUUCCCAAGAAGAGAGCAUGGAUACGGACUCUGCCAAUACUACUCCAUCGUUAAACGUCCUCCGGCAAAUUCAAGCUCUCAUUAGUAGGCUCGAUCUCGUCAUCCCAUCAGACAAGGAAGCUUUCGAAAAGGAAGUUCAGAGCGAGACAAACAAUGUCCACCUUGUCGGUCUACUAAAUUCCAUCAUGCAGGGUGUUAACCAAGCACGAGACGUUGGCAAGAAAUUCCAUGCUAUCGAGGCAGGCAAGAAUGCGGCGGGUAGGCGCGGGGCAACAGACUAUCCCUCUACGACCCCAUUUAACGUUCCAGGCACAGGCGAUCUGCUCGUUUGA